CUCGCUGCCCCCGCCCCGCUCCCCGCGGGCACCGGGGCUGGCGCCGGCCCGGCGCCGCCGCCCCCCGCAGAAAUGGAAACAAACAACCAUUUCAACUUCACUGGCCUUUCCUCCACACCCACUGCCUCAGGACCGAAACCCACGCCUGCCUCAGGGGACAGCCCCUUCGCCCACGGCUCCCCGCUCGGCUUCCCCCAGCAAGGGAAAAGUCUGAACGGGGGGAUGAAUGUCAAUGGCUUCUCUACUGUAUCUCACCCCAGUACUUCAGGGACCUUCGCCCCCAGCUCUCCGCCCGCCGGGACGCCGCCGCUCCGCGCCUACGACUGCCUCUGGGACUACUCCCCGUACCCUGGCGCCGGUGGCCUCAAGGACAGCGGCUCCCCAGCUCCCUCCCAGCUCUCCAGCCUUGCACAGUUCCCCCUCAACGGUGUCACUGGGGGGUCCAGACCCUCGUCCCCCGGCCACGGCACCAACCUCCGCGCUGCCGGGCAGGAGUUUUGGGGCAACGGCACGUCCGGCUCCAUGGGGUUGAACUUUGACUCGCAGGAGCUCUACGACUCGUUCCACGAGCAGAGCUUUGAGUUGAUGCAGAAUGGGCCUGGGGGGUUUUACACUGCUCCCCAACACUCUCCCAUGCUGGCUUCUGGCACUCAGCCCUUCUCGCUGCCGCCGGCCCCGCCGGAGGAGCCGGGCGCCGGGGAAGGAGACGCCGAUGGCACAGCCAAAGAGAUGCCCCCGGCCAUCACCGAGAAUGGGGGUGGGCUGGUGGGCAGCAGGGAGCUGGAGGAGGCACAGCCAGACUUGAAGAUGUGCAGCUACAACGGGUCAGCGCCCGGCACGGAGGCGCCUGUGCUGGGCCCCGGCGCGGGCAGCGGCUGCCUGGGGGACACGUCCCCCAUGGCCCCCCGGCUGGAGGACACCCACAUCCUCAGCGAGCACCCCCUGGAACCCUUCGAGUCCUUGGCCAGAGACCCCGGCACCGGGGACCUCUACGCCAUGGACGACUCGCAGCUGGUGAGCGACAAAUCGCCUCUGGAGGAGCCCCCCGACCUGCCCUGUGCCUCCAGCCCCCCGCUGCACGCCGCCGGCCCCUUCGGCCUCCUGCCCGCCAGCCCCCCGCCCGCCCCGCUGCUCGCCGGGUCUGCCUCGCCGCCCGCCCUGCACGGCGGCAGCGGUGACCUGGAGGGCGGCAGCCACGCGGCGCUGGAGGAGCCGGAGUCCCUGGAGCUCAACCCUCCUCUGGAGCCUGAAUCCCCGGCCCCAUCCGCAGAGGAGGAGGAGGAGGAGGAGGAGGAAGAGGAGGAGGAAGCUGCUGACAGCUGCCCAGAGACUUCGGCUGCCCCGGAAGGCGAGAGCGAGGAGACGGCCCCGUUGAUUGUGUCGGCUGCAGGUGACGUCCCGCGCCGCCGCAUCGCCACGCAGGAGGAGGUUCGCUUCCCGCUGCAGCACGGGUGGAGGCGGGAGGUGAGGAUCAAGAAGGGGAAUCAUCGGUGGCAGGGAGAGACCUGGUACUACGGGCCCUGUGGGAAGAGGAUGAAGCAGUUCCCAGAGGUGAUCAAGUACCUGAGCAGGAACGUGGUGCAGGACGUGCGGCGCGAGCACUUCAGCUUCAGCCCCCGGAUGCCGGUGGGAGACUUCUACGAGGAGCGAGACACCGCCGAGGGGCUGCAGUGGGUGAAGCUGAGCCCCGAGGAGAUCCCCUCCCGCAUCCAGGCCAUCACGGGCAAGCGCGGCCGACCCCGCAACGCCGAGAAAGCCAAAGCCAAGGAGCCAGCGGCCGUGAAACGGGGCCGAGGGCGGCCCCCCAAGGUCAAGAUGGUGGAUUUGCUGAGCAAGACAGAUGCAAGGCUGCUGAAGAGGCUGGAAGCUCAAGAGGUGCUCAGCGAUGAGGAUAAGCUGAAAAUGAGCAAAAUCAAGAAGAAAAUGAGGAGGAAGGCCAAGAACAAGCAGAAGCAGGAAGCCAAAGCCCCCAGGGCGAAGGAGGUGAAGAAGAAAACCAAGGCCAAGGAGAAGAAAGGCAAAUUGGAGAAGGGGAAGGACAAAGCACGGCCCAAGGAGAAGAAGGGCAAAGGGGCUCGGAAGGCAGACAAGGGCCUGGUGGCCCAGCGGCGCCUGGAGGAGCGGCGGCGGCAGCAGCUCAUCCUGGAGGAGAUGAAGAAGCCCACGGAGGACAUGUGCCUGGGGGAUCACCAGCCCCUUCCAACCUUCUCCCGCAUCCCGGGCCUCAUCCUGCCCAGCCGCGCCUUCUCCAACUGCCUCACCGUGGUGGAGUUCCUGCAGAGCUACGGCAAAGUCCUGGGCUUUGACCUGGCCAAGGAUGUGCCCAACCUGUGCACACUGCAGGAGGGGCUGCUGGGGGUGGGGGACAGCGCAGGGGAGGUGCAGGACCUGCUGGUGAGGCUGCUGCGAGCCGCGCUCUACGACCCGGGGCUGCCGCCGUACUGCCAGUCCCUGAAGAUCCUGGGGGAAAAAGUGUCUGAGAUCAGCCUGAACCGCGACACGGUGUCGGAGAUCCUGCGCUGCUUCCUGACGGCGUACGGGGCGGGCGAGGAGCUGUGCCACGGCCUCCGGACCAAACCCUUCCAGGCUCUGCCUCCAGAGAAGAAAGCAGCCAUCCUGGCCUUCCUGGUGAACGAGCUCAACAGCAGUGCCCUCAUCAUCAAUGAGAUUGACAAGACCCUGGAGAACAUGUCCAGCUACAGGAAGAGCAAAUGGAUCAUCGAGGGUCGUCUGCGCCGGUUGAAGGUUGCCCUGGCCAAGAAGACGGGUCGUCCCGAGUCGGAGAUCACGGGGCUGGAGGACGGUCGGCGCCGGCGCAGCUCCCGCCUGACGGAGGAGCCGGGGCUGGAGAUGGAGGAGGAGGAGGAGAGCAGGGGCCGGAGAUCCCGCAGGGAGGAAGAGGCUGACACGUCCAUCUCCAGCGUCCCGGAGCUCGAGAGGCAGAUUGAGAAGUUGGCCAAGAGACAGAUGUUCUUCCGCAAGAAGCUGCUCCAUUCCUCACAGACACUACGAGCAGCUUCUCUGGGCCAGGACCGGUACCGGCGCCGAUACUGGGUCAUGCCCCACCUCGGGGGCAUCUUCGUGGAGGGCACGGAGGUGGCUGAGCCCCUGGCCCCCGAGCCCCAGGAGCUGAAGGCAUCUCCCCACGUGUGCCCGGUGAAGGAGGAACCGGUGGACGUGCCCGUCGCCCCUCGCCCAAGCUGCCCGGUGUCACGGGCCCGUGGGAGGCCCAGGAAGAACAGAGAGGAGCUGGCACAGCACUGCAGCCCCAAACCAACCCCCCCACCUCCUCCUGUCAACGGCAUCCUGGAGGAACAAGUGGCCCUGGGGCAGAGCCAGCACGACCUCAGCCAGUCUGCCUUCCUGUCCUGGCUGAGCCAGACACAAUCCUCCCUGCUCAAGGACUCCGUCCUCACCCCGGCCAGCAGCCCCGGCAAGGGGGACACGGGGCUCCCGCCGCCCCAGGAGGAGGAAGAGGAGGAGGAAGAGGAGGAGAGUGUCCCAGAGGCAGCAGCAAAGCGAGGGCCCUGGUUUAACCUCCUGCCCCGGACGCCCUGCGACGACAGAGCCCCUCUCGCUACCUCCUCAGCCCAGCCCCGCGGGCAGCCCCGUGGCACAGCCAGGCAGCUGAACGGCCUCCCCUCUGCCACCCCCGCGGCUCCGCUGCUCGCCUCCACGCCGGUGCCCGCCGGUGCCAGGGCCCACGGCGCUUGCCCCAGGAGCCGGGGCAACCCAGAGAAGCUUCAGGACAUUCCUGAGCAGCCCAAGCGCCGAGGACGACCCCCCACCAAGUUCUUCAAGCAGAUUGAGCAGAAAUACUUGACUCAGCUGACGGAGCAGCCCGUUCCCCCCGAGAUGCAGAGCGGGUGGUGGUGGCUGCAGGACCCCGAGGAGCUGGAGGCCGUGGCUCGGGCGCUGCACCCGCGGGGCAUCCGGGAGAAGGCGUUGCACAAACACCUCACCAAGCACAAGGAGUUCCUGAGGGAGGUUUGUCUCCGCUCCACCACCGACCCCAUCUUCCACCCGCGCCCCGAGGCGGCCGCUGCCGCCGUGUCUCAGGAAGCCCUGGCUCAGUGGUCGGUGAUGGACAGAGCCUACGAGACCGACCUGGCUGUGCUGCAGUGGGUGGAGGAGCUGGAGCAGCGUGUGCUCAUGGCUGACCUGCAGAUCCGGGUAUGGGCACUGCCAGGUGCCAUGGUGCAAUAG